AAAACUAAUGAGUCGUGAAUGAAAUUAUCAGCGCAAUCAAAACAUAAUGACCUAGUAUAUAAAUAGUUCUCUAAUGAGGUAACAGUUAGUAUAAACUAAUUAAAUCAAAAUGCUUGUCGUAUUCAUUCUUUCUCUGGUCAGUGGUGUUUUCACCGCCGAUUUAAAGUUAGUCGAAGUCCUUGCUUUAAGUCGUCAUAACAUGAGAACUCCGUACACCGCGUUCCUGAAUCAUUUUACACCGAAAAGAUGGCCGGUUUUUGAUGUACCACCAGGACAUUUAACAGGCAAAGGAGCCAGAAUGGAAAGCUACAUGGGAAGAUACUUCUACGAGUGGAUGGCCAGCGAAAAUUUGAUCCCAGAAGGAUGUCCGGGUGAAACUGUAUACGUUUACGCUAAUUGCCAAGAAAGAACUAUUGAGACGGCUAGAGCUUUCGUCGAUGGAGCAUUCCCGGGUUGCAAUGUGCCAGUCCACUACAGAACAGACGUAGAUUGGGACCCAGUGUUCAACGCAAUCAUAAGAAAUAAAACAAAGAAAUAUGCCAAUGCAGUAAUGAAGGAAAUGAAAUACAAGAUGAACCUCAAAGAAUAUAAACUGAAACCCGCUUAUAUUAUGAUGAAUGAAAUUGUCGAUUUGAAAAAUUCUCACAUCUGUAUUCAUGAAGAUUAUUGCGAUCUUUCUAAAGAUAAAAAUGAUAUAAUCUUUAAAGUUGGACAUCCUCCGAACGUCACUGGACCGUUAUAUAUCGGUAAUUCAAUAGUAGAUGUAUUUAUAAUGAGUUUUUACGAUGACAAACCUUAUGAAGAGGUCGGUUGGGGUCUCGUACGGACUCGUGAACAAUGGACAUUACUAACAAAAGUGUCAAAAGAGAAUCAAAACGUGCGGUACAAUUUGACAACAGCAGGUAAAGAUCUGACUAAACCACUUCUAGAAUACAUAUCAGAUGUAUUCCUGGACGAAAAUAAAGAAAGAAAAUUUACAUUGCUAGUUGCCCACGAUUCGAAUAUUAAUUGUUUGACUAACGUAUUGGGCUUUAAGCCGUUUCACCUGCCCAAUCAGUUUGAGCCGUUUCCGAUUGGCGGCAAACUGGUGUUCCAGAAAUGGACAGACGGUUUUAAUUAUUUUAUGAAAGUGGAUUAUGUAUACCAAUCAUGGAUAAAGUUGAGGUAUGGAGCUGAAGUUAGUUUGGAACAACCACCGCAAAUUUAUACCAUGCAAAUGAAAGCUUGUACUGUCGACAAAGAUGGUUUCUGUCUAUGGAGUGAUUUUGUUGACUUAUUGAAAGGUACUUUGGAUAGGAUUGAACAAUAUUAAUGUGAUAUUAAAUUAAACUUAUAACCCGAUGUUUAUAACGAGUCUGUUUCAACGAAUACUGGACAUUAAAGAUGGCAUAAAAUAUAUUUCCGGCCUACAGGGACAUUUGGAUCGGAGCGGGACUGGAACCCAUAAUCUCUACACAAAUAGUUUUCUAUGAAGGUUUUCGUCGUACUCUGGAAGUUUUGACUCAUAUUAUUUUGUACAGAUGACCUCAUAAAAGUCGCAGGAGACCGCUUACAAAAGGUCGAUCUGGAAAUCUUUGGGCGAGGCCCAUGUUCAGCAGUGGACAUCUUGCGGCUGAUGAUGAUGAUGAUUCUGUACAGAAGGACUAUCGACCGUCAGUGCCAUAAACAUAAGUAGUUUGUGAUCAAUAUUUAAAUAUUUUUAAUAUGAAUUAUGACUUGCCCGAGAUUUGAGCCUGAUUAGCCGAUGAACUCUUUCUUUGUAACACCCCAUGAUGAUUAGAAUUGAGGAAGAUUUCAACCAUCCGUGGCUACUGUCUUCACUGUUGCACCAUAUAAUAUUAUUAUCACUUUUUUUAAGGAAUUAAUAUCAUAUUUAGGGGUGCAUAAUUAUUCUUCUAUGUUACAUUUUAAGAAAACAGGUUACUGUUUUUUUUUGUAUUGAUUAACGUCAAACUGUAUAUAGAUGUGACUACAAAGUCUUCUGUGUGGACUUAAGUAUACGUACUUAGUCGUCUUAUCGUAUAAGUACUUAUAUAUAACUACUUGUUCCCAAAAACGUGUGCCCAGUGUGGCCAUCUGUCCCCGAUUUACCCUAUAUAUUAUACAGAAUAAGGCUUAAUAAUUUGUAUUAAUCCCGUUUUAUCGAACGCGUGGUUUCGGCGAUCCAAUUUAAAAAAAAUAGCUAGUGUCCUACGUUUGAUUUUGUUCACUAUUUUAUUUGUAACAAAAAAUAAUACGAAAAACAAAUUCUUCUGUAAAAUCAGCAUGAAAGUUGAUUCAAAAAUAUAGCAAUUAUUUAUAAUAUUUUAAAUAAUGUCAGCAAAGGUGGAUUCAUCGCACUAUAGGUAUCUUUCUCACGAACGCAGCGCUAUGCAGCUGGUGACACUUGCUGACGCCAGUUUGCUGUCUUACUUGACAGCUAAUACUUUAGUUCUAGUUAUUCAAAUAAUUGUGUUGAUUAUGCGAAUAUAAAUGAAAAAAUAAAUAGAUACUGGUGUGUAAUAUAUAUGAAGUUGUCUAACUUAAUGUAACAUUUAACAAUAUGUUAAGUAUAUAAUGUAAGUUGUAACACAGCUAACUAUCUUUUUAAACGCUUAUGUAGUGUCAAAUGUCAUUGUGACAAUAAUCAUAUGUUAGAAUUUAUUAAACACUACAAAUCCUGCCUUUAUUAAAAAUUUAUUCCAUAAUAAUGGAUUAAUAUGUAUGAGUUAUGCAAAAAAUUAUGUGGAUGUAAGUAAUUCAGAUAUAUUCUAAGUAUAUAUUUUAGGUUA